GCCGGGCGCCCUCGCCCCGCUCUGGAUGCCCAUCGCGGCUGCUCGGGCCGGGGGGUGGCUGCGGCUCCCCGGCGGGGGGCGCGGGCCAGGAUGCCGGUGCUGGAGCGCUUCUUCCCCGCGGCGGAGCCGGGCAGGCGGAGGAGGACGGGAGAAGAGCCGAUGCCCUUUCCCAUGGGCAGCCUGCCCGGUUAUCAGCAGGGGACCCUGGCCUGGGACUUGCCCGAGAUGAUCAAGAUGGUAAAGCUCGUUUGGAAAUCCAAGGGGGAGCUCCGCGGGGCGAAGCACAGAGGCGUUCUGGAGAGCGAGGAUGCCCUGGGCGGUUCGGCAGGAGAUGCACGGGUGAGAGGUCAGACAGGGGUUGUCUCCGAGCGCCGUGGCUCCUACCCAUUUAUAGACUUCCGUCUUCUUAACAAUACUACACUCUCAGGGGAAAUUGGCACCAAGAAAAAAGUGAAAAGACUGUUAAGUUUCCAGAGGUACUUCCAUGCAUCCCGGUUACUGCGUGGAAUUGUACCACAAGCCUCUCUGUACCUACUGGAUGAGGACUACCUUGGGCAAGCAAGGCAUAUGCUAUCCAAAGUGGGAAUGUGGGAUUUUGACAUAUUCUUGUUUGAUCGCUUGACAAAUGGAAACAGUCUCGUAACACUGCUUUGUCACCUCUUCAAUGUGCAUGGACUUAUUCACCAUUUCCAGUUAGACAUGGUUACAUUACACAGGUUUUUUGUUAUGGUUCAAGAAGAUUACCAUAGCCAGAACCCAUACCACAAUGCUGUCCAUGCCGCUGAUGUCACACAAGCUAUGCACUGCUAUCUGAGGGAGCCCAAGCUUGCCAGCUUCCUCACCCCAUCGGACAUCAUGCUCGGACUGCUCGCUGCUGCAGCUCAUGAUGUGGAUCACCCAGGGGUCAACCAACCCUUUCUGAUUAAAACUAAACACCACCUUGCCAGCUUGUACCAGAACGUUUCCGUGCUGGAGAACCACCACUGGCGCUCUACCAUAGGCAUGCUUCGAGAGUCACGGCUGCUCGCCCACCUGCCCAAGGAGGUCACACAGGACAUUGAGCAGCAGUUGGGCUCCCUGAUCUUGGCAACAGACAUCAACAGGCAGAAUGAGUUUUUGAUCCGUCUGAAAUCUCACCUUGACAAUCAGGAUUUGAGGCUGGAGGAUGCACAAGACAGACAUUUUAUGCUUCAGAUUGCACUCAAGUGUGCUGACAUUUGCAACCCUUGCCGGGUCUGGGAUCUGAGCAAACAGUGGAGUGAACGGGUCUGUGAAGAGUUUUACCGCCAAGGUGAUCUGGAACAAAAAUUUGAACUGGAAAUAAGCCCCCUUUGUAAUCAGCAAAAGGAUACAGUACCAAGCAUCCAGAUUGGGUUCAUGACAUACAUCGUUGAGCCACUCUUUGAGAGGUGGGCUCAGUUUACCGGCAGCACUCCCCUAUCUGAAAACAUGCUAAACCAUCUCAGGAGGAACAAGGCCAAGUGGAGAAGUUUGCUCCACAAGCAACACAGCAGCAGUAGGAGCAACGACCACUCAGGCCAAGUGACUGGCAGCCAGGAACAGACUUUAAAUGAAGAAGAGACUCCCUAGUGGCAGCUUUGCACUUUUCCUUGUAGCACUGCUAUCUCCGUCUUGGUCACAGCAGCAAACAAGGUCCUGGGGAGCAGGAGCCUGUUGUCAACACCGUGCAAAGGCAAGAAAUGGCAAAGCUCUAAGGGUCCUCACGAACAUGCCCAUGGUUCUGCUGGGCUUCUUUCUGAUCUUCAUGUCCCUCUCCCCCUCUCCAUUCUGCGCAUGCCUGAUGCCAUUAGUCACUCCUGAUCCUGAACUGCCCUAGUGCGGAGUCCCAGCCAGCAGCAGGGAAGCCAGGCCAGUUCUGACUGCGUGAAACAGGGAGGAUUGCUGAGAGAACAGGGGGCAUGGAGAGGCACUCUUGGUGGUCUUUUCAUUUACCACAAGUCAUAUUGUGACAUGUGUAUAUAGGCCAAGAGCGCCACACCCUUUCUAGGCUGGCAGCUGGGCUGCACAUUAAACCACCAGCAUCUCCAGCAUCCAGAGGACGUGGACUGAGCGCGAUGGUGCUCACAGAGGGCAGAGUCGGGUUGUUUUAGUAGUUAAAAACUUUUUAACUUUUGUAUUCUGUGCACUAAACAACAGAUCUAUAAACCUUGGACUGAAGUUACUCUCCAUAUACACACCUCCAGUGUAACAAGGCUCGUUUUGGUAAUCAUUUUUAUGCCACUUUGGAUAAAAGACAGGCAUCUUCUCAUUGCAAGGAACAGUAUUCCCUCGCAGCCGAAAGGGAAGGUGUAGUACAGUCUAAACCUUUGAAACACAAACAGAUCUAUCUUUUGAGUACUGUUUCAAGUUACCUGUUUAUAUUCAUAUGUGUACAUUUCCUGUAAAUAGAAAGCGCUACUGAUUCCCAUGCCAAAAUACUGGAGUACUGUGGGAUGAUUGCUACCUGUAAAAACAUUGGCACUGUGAACAGAAUACUGUUAGUUUUAAUACAAGAGAAAGCAUUUGUAAAUAUGGUAUAGAGUUUAUUAAUAUACACCAUUGUUUGUGGAUAAAAGCCUUAACUUUUAGCAUCCCUCAUCUUCUGACAGCUGCCAAAAUCAUACGAUUACAAGAUAUGAUUCUGAACUGCCUUUCCACUAUCCAAGGUGUAUCAAAGGUCAUUAAGGAAUGAAGUCUGGCAGGAUAACUUCUUGAAAACUUCAAACACAUUCCAUACGGGUCCGUGUUGCUAAUCCAUGGUACCUUGCACAUUCGGUUUAGGCAAAUGUUUCACGGAGCCUGAAGUUUUAAGUUCAAAAAAACCCCCAGGCCUCAAAGCAACACCACAUGAUUCGACAGUUCAGCCUGAUUACCAUUUAUUCAAGAGUGUGAAUUUUUACUAAAUAGUUUAGUUAUCUACAAAGCACAGCAUUAGUUCUGGAGUUCAGUUGUUUUCUUGAGAGAUGUUGCAGUGUAGCUGAUUUGUUCCCCACAUUCCCCCCUUAGAUAGUCAGCAUCAAAAUGCAUUUGUAUUUAAUUAAAAUGCAUUCUUUUAAUUAAAAGAAUACUUCAACUGAUUUUUUAGAUUUGUCUCAGUCAGUGAAGGAAAAGAAUGUGUUGUAGUCAGACUAUUAAGAAAAAUCGCCAUAGCUAUGAUAGUGGCUGAGGAAUUUUCUAUGAUCUCAUGUUUGUGAAAGAUACUUGGCCUUAACUAUGCCAUAAACCUCAGUUUGGAAAGUCUUUAUUAAACUUUACUUAAGCUUCCACCAUUUCAGUGAGAUUGUUUUCUCAGACACUACUGUGUGGCACCAAAGGGAUUGUCCCCUUCUCCUCAGCCCCCAGAAGGAAUAACUGCUUUCAGGUGAAGUACAGCCUUGUUGUGAACCCCCCGUACAUCAAAUCUGUACAGCUGCUUUCCAAAAGAGCCAGCGGGUAUGGCCAGGUAAUCACGUUUGGAUAGUCACGCUGGGAUGAGAAGACCUUGAAGAGGCCAACAAAGAAAGAGCUUUUCAAGUUGGUGUUUGAGAAACAUGAGAAAGAUAUUUACUGACAGAAGUGCAAGGGAAAGUGUAAUACAUUUUUCUCAGUUACAGGGGAUAUUGACUUGAUGAGAGAAAGUUCAUGCUCAUAAGGUGACUGAUAUACUUAGAGGAAAAUAAAAAGCAUGAGUUUUAGUGAAGGAUGAUUUACUCCACAAAUUAUUACAGAGAAAAGAGGCUGAAACCCAGUGAAGUAAAAAGGGGCAAAACACAGUGAGUGCACAAAGCACUGCAGCGAUGUUUUUCUGCCCCUCCACUGUUAUGUAAGGUACAACCAAUUGAAAACCUCCCUCUUCCUCCCACUAAUCUAAAUGAGAUUCAUGUAAUAGGACCACAGCAAGCAAAGGGCACUCUAGAGACUUGUAGCAGAAUUAAAUUGUUUCUAACUAGGGGACAUAAAUGUCUUCUUAACCACAUGGGGGUGGUGGGGGUGGUGGGGGUGGAAGCACCACUACUUUGCAGCUUUUUAGGUGUACCUCUCCUUCUGACAGAUGUAGGACAAUUAUUAGAACAUUACGUGAGCAAUGUAAUGCGCUGCUUAGAAGCAGUUAAGUCCAUACAAAAGGAUGUAAUUUCCUGUGUUUUAUCUUUUUACUAAGAAAUGGAAGCCCUUUUCCAUCUACUUCAAAGAUUUUUUUUUAAAAUGUUCUGAAAUGUAGUUAAACCCAGCAUCUAGCAGCAUAAAAAGCUCUUGACAGAAACAUUGUCAAGCUGUUUCUGAAGAGCUUCCAGAAAAUAGGUCCAACAGGAAAGCUUAGGUACAAAUCAAAUUUUGUUACAGCCACAUUAAACCCAAGCCCUUUCCUACACGUAAAAUCUACAAGUUCCAUUACAAGUUUGCUCUUACCACGUUAAAACUUUCCAACUUUAAAAAGCUCUUCUGGAAAUUAUCAGGCUGUGGGGGAAUUUUGGUGUACUGAACAUACCAGCUAGAUUUCAAUCACCUUGUCUAAUGAAACAGUGCUUGAAAGAGGUUCAGGGUGGCCCCAGCAAGGCUUCUGUACUUGUGAGCCAAACUCAUUACACAGGUUUGGGCCUGGGCCAGUUUGCCUCAGGUGCUCCACACAGAAGCACUUGGAAAGGGUGGGCUCUGCCAGCAGAGCCAGAUUCCCUGGGGUCUGUAAUGCAAAAUGCAACCACCUGAUUUCCCGUAGAAACCAUAACUGGUACCAGCCAAUCCAGCAGCACCAGUGCUCAGCACAUGCAGUUGUGACACAUAUUUGGUAUUCUCUGGUUUGGAGGGCAUUUCUGCACUGAGGUUUCUCCCCACUGUGCCAACAGACUGCUGGUGCACAGAAUAAAAAAGCUAUGCAGAUAACACAGAUUUUGGUGAUGUCAGCCCUAUCAGCCACUUUACAGAAGGCCCCUUGCAAAUUAUUUUUCUUUCCCGCCAGGCCAGUGCAGCUGAAAGAUUUUGAAGUUUUCAAACUGAGUUAAGGUGUUCAUACAUAGAAAGAGGAAAAAAGCAGGAUGGUAAAAUUUUUUUAUGCCUCACAAAUGCAAUUAAAAUCUAGAUCCUUUAAAUGAAGAUUUCAUACCACCUAAGAGGCAAUUCUGUAUAACAACAAUAAUAAGUGAUAAUAAGUGAAAAUCUUAGUCUGGUUGAAAUAAUGCAUAUGUAUGCAUUGUCAUUAACUAAAGAUUUUACCUACCAUUGUGUUUUUAAGUGUUAGUGGUUCAGCCACCAGUCAAAUGAGGAAUAAAAGGACUUUUAACAACAUGCACCUUUGGAAUGCAAAGAACAAAAACAGGAAUAGCUGAGAUUAAGUAGAGUUUAUGAAGGAAAAAGAAAAAAAACCCAAACACUUUAUCUGCAGUUGUAUCUAAACUAAUCUCCAACACAGGUCAAUUAUUUUUGUAUAAACUUGGUUUUCAUGAAGAAAACCAAAGCCUCCCCAGUGAUGAAUGAGAAAGCUGUAAAUGAGAUAAGGCUGUUGUUACACUGCACAGCGAUCUCACCAGCUUUUGUAAUCUGGGAUUUAAAUUUCUGUUGAAAGUUUCCAUUAAAUUAGACACAGAAUGGACAUUUAGCCCUCCAAAUGCAUUCUCCUCAGAAAGGAGAAAAUUACGUAGCCACAGUUUUAUUUUCAGGUACCAGCCAUAAUUUAUUGCCUUAUAUUUAAAGUCACUCAGCUGAGUUGUCCAUGAAGUAUGCCCAUUCCCCUCCUGAUGUCACCAUGACCCCCAUGGCCCACAAAAGUCAAUAAUUAAAUUUAAAUUAAAAUCCUGCAAGUCCAAAAAAAAGGAGCUACCCCCAAAACAAAAACACAAGGCAAGCUUCAUGCCAUGAAUAUGUAUUCAAAUUACUUUGAUUGGUGCAAACUGUUGCUCUUUGUUUCUAUAAUCCAUCCAAUAUUUUAGGUACAUAAACUUUUAAGUGCAAAGCAUAAGCUUGACUUGGAUGUAAAAUAUAUUCUGCUUAUCUUUGAAUUCAAGAUUGUAUAUGUCAUGUUUAUUGUAAAGCAUUUUAUAUAUACAUAGUCACAUAUCUUAUACAACUCUAUGGGCCAAACACUGGUCCCCCCAACUUCACUGGGACCAAGAAUCAGCCCCCAUAUGUGCGUAUAUAUGCCAUAUGCAUCAUUCUGAAAGGAAGCACUAGAUUGUGUGAAAAUGCUGUGACUGCUAUGCAGUGAUGAUGCCAAGAGACUUAACUGUAUCUU